CGCAUCAUGAAUGUGUUGGGAUAAAAGGCUUCAACUGGGGAUUUAAACUGAUGUCUACUGUCUAGACGAAUACACAGGAAGCGAGGAAUUAAAUGCAUAGCUAUAUACAGUCGACCGCUAUUCUUUGACUCUGUACUUGUAGCGUUUUGCUGGAUUUUGUUUUUUAAAUAUUUUUUGUUUAUAGACAAUCAUGAAGCUAGCGUAGACUGUUAGCUGCGAUAAUUCAGAAGCCAAAUCCUACAAGAGUCACACCCUAAUAUACGGCCACGCGACUGCGGGUACAGAUGCCCGACCCGGGAGUUUGGGAGUAACGUCAUAGCUAGAUCAUUUCUAAUAACGAUAUUGUUUUUAUUUGUGCAAAUCAACUCAGAAGGGAGGUCAUGUAUGUCCGGUUUCAGUCUACUUUGUUGGGAGACAGAUAACGUUAGUCGGCUAGCUAGUGUGUGUGAUCGUCAGCAGAAGACAGGAAUAUGAGUUCACCAAUGUACACGUUUGUUCUGAGAGAUGACAACAGUACUGUUUAUGCUGAGGUCGCCAGGAUCCUCAGCUCUACUGGAAAAUGGAAACGACUGAAAAAGGACAAUCCUCGGUUUAAUUUAAUGCUGGGAGAGAGAAAUCGGCUGCCUUUUGGAAGACUGGGUCAUGAACCAGGACUGAUGCAGCUGGUGAAUUAUUUCAGAGGAGCCGAUAAACUCUGUCGCAAAGCAUCACUGGUCAAGAUUAUCAAGACCAGUCCAGAGUUAAAGGACUCCUGUAACUGGUUCCCUGAGUCUUACAUCAUAUACCCAACCAACCUCAACACCCCAGUGGCCCCGGCCACCAAUGGCAUCAGCCACAUGAAGAGCAACCCAAAGACAGAUGAGCGAGAGGUCUUUUUAGCUUCAUAUUACUCCAGAAAAGAAAGCGGAGAGGGAACGGUAUGGAUCGCCAAAUCAUCAGCAGGUGCAAAAGGUGCGGGUAUAUUGAUAUCUCAUGAUGCAAACCAGUUGCUUGAGUUCAUCGAUAAUCAAGGCCAAGUGCACGUCAUUCAGAAGUAUCUGGAAAAACCACUGCUGCUGGAGCCAGGACAUCGCAAAUUUGAUAUAAGGAGUUGGGUGCUUGUAGACCAUCAGUACAAUAUCUACUUGUACCGUGAGGGUGUGUUGAGGACAUCUUCUGAGCCCUAUAACAGCUCAGAUCUCCAGGAUAUGACCAGUCACCUGACAAAUCACUGCAUCCAGAAGGAGCAUUCGCAGAACUACGGCCGCUAUGAGGAGGGCAACGAGAUGUUCUUUGAUGAGUUCAGACAGUACCUGUUGACCACACACAAUCUUGCCAUGGAAACAUCUAUUUUACCUCAGAUCAAGCAUAUUAUCAGGAGCUGUCUCGCAUGCAUCGAGCCAGCCAUCAGCACAAAGCAUCUGUCCUACCAGAGCUUCCAGCUUUUUGGCUUUGACUUCAUGGUGGACGAGAGCUUCAAAGUCUGGCUAAUUGAGAUAAAUGGGGCGCCUGCUUGUGCACAGAAACUCUACACUGAGCUAUGUCAAGGCAUCGUGGAUGUGGCCAUCUCCACAGUGUUCUCUCUAAACGCAGAUGCUCUCUCAUCCUCACCUCCGUUCUCCACUUCUCCAUCUCUUUCCUCCAACUCCUGCUCCUCACCCAAGAUCAGGGCACCCCAUCAUUUCGGCCCAUUCAUCAAACUAUAAAUUGCUGUUGCAGGAUGCUGCUGUUGUCAUGCAAACCCCGUCCCUAUAGUCCUGCCCGAAAACAACAUCAACCAAUCUGAGAGGCUUAAGGGUCUACACCUGAUCUUGGGAUUGAACAUACAGGGAUUUCUAAAGGAUCUCUGUCUGAAGAGGACUGAAGGUACAUGGUGUCACCUCUGAAACUCUGUCAGUUUCCAUCCAUCAUUUCUAAAGCAAACGCAGAAGAGUCCACAGAAAUACAGAGAGCAUGAGUUUCCAAAGUAAAGACUGGAAGGUGAGGAGAAUCCUGCACAUGCCAGUGUAGCAUUACCUAGAAAAGAGUGAUUUGUUUCUAAAGCCAAGCAUGUACAUUAAUAAUCAAGACUUUGUUUGUAACACUUGUACGUCAUUUAAAGACUUGAAUUUGCGAACACACUUUUGAAGGAUGAGUGGCAACCAAAGAGAAGGGUUUAGAUCCUCUAUGGCUGCAUCUGAAAUCACAUACUUCCCUACUAUAUAGUAGGCAAAAAACAGUAUGUGAAAAAAGAAGUAUGUCCGAAUUCACAGUACUCAUAAAAGAGUAGACGAAAAGUACUUGGAUGACCUACUACUUUACGGCGAGGUUCUGAAGUGUGCAUACGAUGGACACUUUACUAUCCCAUGAGGCGACGUAACUGACGCUAGUAGGCCACAUAAUAAUGACAGCAACAACACAUUCAUACUACACAGAACAUACCUUUUCAGCGGCCCUUUGAGAAAUAAGUUACUUAUUCAAAAUAAGUACCUACCCAAGAGAGUAUGUGAUUUCGGACGCAGCCUAGGCCCCAGAUCUGUUGCGUCAACGAGACUCCUCAGGACUUUCCCAGGCACCUUGAUGUAACGGAGGAUGGAUUUGAGACUUUAGUGCCUUACAUAUUCACAUUCUCUCAACACCCACUUCCACAAGUUAAUAUGGCCUUUUGUACAUCUGUAUGUCCCAUCAACUGUAUUCUCUAUUAGACUCUUGUGUGCGUUUUGUGCUGUUAGCUUCAGUGUAAUACGUGGUUUUUAAACCACAAAAGACUCUUUUUCAGAUAUUUAUGAUUUGCAGUGUAGUGUACAUGGUUGUGAUGUUAAGACAGUAUUUGGUAGAAGUAGCAGAAGAUAAUCUGUUUGCAUACUUAUUGUCAUGUUACUGUUCUGUCUAGUGAGAGCAGAUUUAGUCUUCCCACUGAUUCUGUUAUUGUGACACGAUACAUUCAUUAUUACUUUGUGACAGGCAAUCAAGAACAUCUGGGAAUUGGGAAGCACUGCCUUCUGCUUGUUUUGUCAUGAGCAUUCACAACUCAUCACUUAGUAUUCAAUAGACAAAUGAUAAUAGUUAUUUGCAAUAGUUAUUUAGUUCAUUCCAUCCAAACUUUGUCAAGAGUUGCAUUUUCUGAAUGAGUAAACCUUCAGAGGACUGAGAUGUUGCAUGUCAAAGCAUGUUAAAAGCUAGGCUCUUUAUACAUACAUAGUAAACGUCUAAAUAUGACUUCCUGUAUGAUGUAUAUGAUUUGCUCAGCUGAAGAAAAAAUAAGGCUUUGGAAGAUUUUUAUCCAUCUAAUGCAAGUGAAUGAUGCUUCAUUUUGACUGUUCAAAAUCAUUUAGGCAGCUUCAAACGCCUCCACAAGCGUUAUAAAGUAUUUAAAAAAAUGAUUUUUCCUCAGAAAAUGACAUGAUUUGCUAGAGAAGACCCUGGGGUCGUGUGGAGGCCUUUGAAGCUGCCUAAAUAUGAUUUUUGGAUCAUAAAAAUGCUCUGUGUUGAGCACCAUUCACUUGCAUUUAGAUGAAGAAAAAUCCUGUCAUGUUUUCUUCCAAAACCUUAUAGGGAUAGUUCACUUUGAAAUGAAUUUUUAAUAGGUUUUAGCUUACCUCAAGGGCAUCCAAGAUGUAGGUGUCUUUGUUUCCACAGCAUUUUCAAUUUUGACAUUUUUUGGUCAAACACAACAGUUGUUGUCUGUCAGUCAUAAUGAUGCAGGUCAAAUGGGAGCCCACCUCAAAGAGCAUGCACAGAGAAGUCCAAAUUAAACAUGAUUUAAUGACUCGUGAAUGUAAGUAGACACUGA